AUGGUCACCAAAUCCAAGCGGAGUUCGCAACCAGCAAUCGAGUGGGGAAUAAGGGAUCCCAGUCUGUACUUCUGCAACAUUGUAUGCUACAUAUGCGGGCAUUACAUCCGCUACCGCCAGUCUACUACCAACAAAAGCCAGGUCAAGCAUGGCAAGGAUCCUCACUCAAAGGAGCCGAGCUGGACGGAAGAAUAUCGAUUGAUCAUCAAAAAAUCCCACAGUCGUAGAGCUUACCUCUCGGACGUUAAGACAGCUCACGUCAGCCCCCAGCGCACGUUUCCUUCCAAUGCCCUCCAUAUGUUCAAGAAAGUCAUACUUUGGGAGACAAUCAAGCGCCGUGCAGAGUACCUACGACUAAAGGCUCGGAUAACUUCUCUGAGCUACGGGGUUCAUUCUUGCUGUUGGGAGCUGCUCAAGACCCACAAGUUGCGGACUCUCGCCGAGACAGACCUGGUUGCGUUGUUGGCUGCCAUUUUCAAAUAUCCUCCGAUGCCACCAAUCUCGCACGCGUGUGAGGACGCCGAUCCUUAUUUUACGGCGACCGUCUUUGACGCCAUAUACUCUGAGAUAGGUCAAGCGGAGUUGAGGAGAAAGCAGGGCGUGCAGGGAGAAAACAAACGACCUGCGCUCAAGCCAAGCAAAGAGACUGGGAUCUGUGGAGUUCCACUGGAGCUAGUCUACAUGAUUGCCAAAUAUCUUCCCGUGCAGGAUGCGAGCAGCUUGGAGAAAGCCCUAGAUCUUCGUCUUGGCAGCGUCUUCUGGCGUUCUAAGAUAUCUUUCAAAUUAUACUACGAGAUGAGGGCCAUCACGCGGGAGGAUAUCGACUGGGGAAGCCUGUGCACCAAACUGCAGGGGUAUGAGAGUUCAGACGCCUUGCGGGCCCGGCAGGCGAUCUUGAGAAAUCUCGAUGAAAUCUGGAAGAAUCACAAGAAGAACAAGGAGGGUAGCAAGUGA